GUCACUGGGAGACAGUCCACUUAAAUGCAGCUCCAGGGUUGUGAGGCACCCACCAGCAUCACUCCCUGUGCGAGGUGGCAAAUGCAACAUGCUCUCCAGCUUGGGGUGUCUGCUUCUCUGUGGGAGUAUUGCACUAGCCCUGGGAAAUGCACAGAAAUUGCCAAAAGGUAAAAGGCCAAGCCUGAAAGUCCACAUCAAUACCACGAGUGACUCCAUCCUCUUGAAGUUCCUGCGUCCAAAUCCAAAUGUAAAGCUGGAAGGCUUUCUCCUGGGAUACGGCAGCAACAUAUCUCCAAAUCAGUACUUCCCUCUCCCAGCAGAGGGAAAGUACACGGAGGCCAUAGUUGAUGCAGAGCCAAAAUAUCUGAUAGUUGUGCGACCUGCUCCUCCUCCAAGUCAAAAGAAAUCAUGCUCAGGUAAAACGCGUUCUCGCAAGCCUCUGCAGCUAGUGGUUGGUACCCUGACACCAAGCUCCGUCUUCCUGUCCUGGGGAUUCCUCAUCAAUCCACACCAUGACUGGACAUUGCCAAGUCACUGUCCCAAUGACAGAUUUUAUACAAUUCGCUAUAGAGAAAAGGAUAAGGAAAAGAAAUGGGUUUUUCAAAUCUGCCCAGCCACGGAAACAAUUGUGGAAAAUCUAAAACCCAACACAGUGUAUGAAUUUGGAGUGAAAGACAAUGUGGAAGGUGGGAUUUGGAGUAAGAUUUUCAAUCACAAGACGAUUGUUGGAAGUAAAAGCAAAGUAAAUGGGAAAAUCCAAAGUACUUAUGACCAAAUCCACACGGUGCCAGCAUAUGUCCCAAAGAAGCUAAUCCCAAUAACAGUCAUCAAGCAAGUGAUUCAGAAUGUUACUCACAGGGCUUCAACUAAAUCCCCAGAAAGGACUCCCCUGGGAGGAACCAUAUUAGUCCACCUUAUUAUUCCUGGUCUUAAUGAAACUGCUGUAAAACUUCCUAUGUCCAUAAUGUUGGAGAUUUCAGAUGCAAUCAAGGCGCAACUCGCUAAGAAUGAAACCUUGGCAUUACCUGCUGAAUCUAAGACCCCGGAGGUUGAAAAGAUCCCAGCACAGCCCAUAACAGUGACGCCUGAAACAGUACCAAGAACCACUAAACCCACUGUGUCUAGUGCAUUAGACCUGUCAGAAACAACCCUAGUUCUCAGUGAAAGGACUCCAGAAAUAUCACAAACAAUUCUAAUACCUAAGUUUGAAUUGCCACUGAGCACUCUAGCUCCAAAAAGGCUUCCAGAAUUUCCUGAGGCAAAAACACUCUUCCCUUUUGAGAAAACUGAGGGAUCCUUGGCAUCAAGUGAAACCCCAUGGAUUGUACCAACAGCUAAAAGAUCUGAAGAUUCCAAAGUUCCUCGGCCUCAAACGGCAACUUACGAUGCUAUCUCAAGCCCUACAUCUUCAGAUGAGCCUGAAAUAGCAGAACCCCACACAGCAACAAGUGAGCCUAUUCUGGAUUCUGUCCCACCUAAAACUUCUAGAACUCUUGAACAGCCAAGGGCAACACUGGCUCCAAGUGAAACACCAUUUGUUCCUCAAAAACUGGAAAUCUUUAGCAGUCCUGAAGGGCAACCUGCAACAUCUGCUCCCCAGAAAACUACAUCUACCCCUUCUACACAUAAACGACGCCCCAGGCCCAAAACACCAAGAACCAAACCUGAAAGAACUACAACAAGUCCUGGAACAAUUACAUCUAAAAUUCCUAAAAAACUUGAACCUACACGAACAACCCUGGCUCCCAGUAAAACACAGUUUAUUUCUUUGAAACCUAAACUACCUCUCAGCCCAGAAGUGAUACACACCAGACCCGCCCUGGAACCUCAGACUCUGCCAGCGUCACAGGCAACCAUAGUCCUAGGACCUGGAACACUGGGAACCAAGCCUUCAACAACUACAUUAGCUCCACCUAAGACCAAAAGACCAGGUCGUCGCCCCCGCCCCAAAACCACACCUAGCCCAGAUGUGCCCAAGUCCAAACCUGCUGGAGAACCUGCCACAGUACAACCGGAGCUCUUGGUGCCCACAGUCGAUUCAAUACCGCCAAAGCAAUUACUUCCUAAACCCAAAGCUACACCAGAACCAGGCAUGCCACCAACUAAAUCUGUCUUUGAGCCUGUUACAUUUGAGACUGAAGCUCCCCCGGUAACCAUAGUUUCUACUACAGACUUUGAACCUGUUGUUCUGAGAACUAAGGCUCCAAUCACAACAUUAGCUCCAAAAACAUCACAGCGAGCAAGAACACGUCGUCCACGUCCCAAACAUAAAACUACUCCAAGCCCAGGGAUACCUCAGCCUAAACCAGGCUAUGCAACUAUUACUCCUGAAACAUCCUUAGCUCCAACAACAACAAAAAGAGCCCGUCGCCCACAUCCCAAACCUAAAACCACACCCUCUCCUGAAGCAUCUCAGACCAAACUUGUUCCUGCCACAAUCCUUGAACCAGUCAUUCUUACGACUGACGCUCCAGGCAUGACACUAGCUCCCAAAGCUCCUCAGCGAACUCGUCGCCCACGUCCCAAACCUAAACCUACACCAAGUCCUGAAGCACCUCGGACUGAACUGGUUCCUGCUACAAUCUCUGAACCAGUUACUCCCAUUAAAGAGGCUCCAGGAACAGCACCGGUUCCUAUUACAGACCUUACACCUGUCACAGCCCUUGAAACUGUUACAGACUUUGGAUCUGUUACAGUCCUUGUACCUGUUACGGACCUUAAGCCUGUUACUUUUAAAACCAAGACUCCUGGCACAACAUUAGCUACUAAAAUACCACAAAGAACCCGUCGCCCACGUCCUAGACCUAAAACCACACCAAGCCCUCAAGCACCUCACACCAAACUGGUUCCUGCUACCGUUCUUGAACCUGUCACUCUUAGACCUGAGGCCCCAAGAACAACGUUAGCUUCCAAAACAUCACAGAGGACACGCCGUCCACGUCCCAGACCAAAAACCAAACCACCUCCUGAAGCACCCGAGUCCAAACCAGCUCCUACUGUAGAGUUUGAACCUGUGACAAUCCAAACUGAGACGUGGGUGACCACACAAGCUCCUAAAACACCACGGAUCCGUCGCCCACGUCCCAAGCCUAAAACCACACUGAGUCCUGAGAUUCCUGAAACCAAGCUGGGUAAAUUUGUUGCUACAGAUCUUGAACCUAGUAUUCCUAGAACUGCAGCUCCAGAAACCACGGUUCUUGCUACAGUCCUUGAACCUGUCACUCUUAGAACGGAGGCUCCAGAAACAACAUUAGCUCCUAAAACACAGCGAACACGUCGUCCACGUCCCAGACCUAAGACCACCACAUCAAGUCCUGAAGUACUACAGACCAAAUUGGGCUUUGAACCUGUUACACAUCAUACUGAGGUUCCAGGAACAACAUUAGGUCCUCUUCUUUCAGCUCCCACUGAACUGCAAACUCUUACUUUGAAACCAGUGACAUCACCAAGUCUAGCAAUGACACAAAGUCAACCUGUUUCUGAUGUUCUGGAAUCGGUUACAUUUAGCACUGAAUCGUCAAAGGAGACCAUAGCGCCGUCUGAGACAGAUUAUGUCCACCCCACUGCCAAAGCACCUUUCAGGCCAGAGGAACCAAAGACGGAAGUCGUGGAGUCUAUUACAGAUGUGUCUGAACAUCCUGAAACCACAGUAGAAACAUCACCUCUGCCUUCCCAAACUAUAACCCUACCCAGCCCAGAUGAGCCUCAGACUGAACCUGCUCCCAAGCAGACACCACGUGCUCUUCCCAAGCCAAAAACAUCACCGCGCCCAAGAAUCCCACAAACACAACCAGCUCCCAGUGGACCCCAGCGUGCUACUUUAAAACCAAAACUGUCACCAAGUCCAGAAGUGUCAUUCACCACACCUGUUACAAAAGAUGUGCUUCUUCCUCAUAAACCAGAGCCCGAGGUUUCUCAAAGUGAACCUGUUCUGCAGCCUGUUACCUUUAGAAUUGACCUACCAAAGACCACAAUAGCUCCUUUAGAGACACGAGGCAUCCCUUUUAUACCUAUGAUCUCACCAAGUCCUAGUCAAGAGGAACUACUAACCACUCUGGAGGAAACAGACCAAUCCACCCAGGAACUCUUUACAACCAAGAUUCCACGAACAACUGACUUGGCAAAGACAACUCAGGCACCACACAGACUGUACACUACCCCUGUGAGACCCAGGACACCGGACAAACCCCACGUCAAACCUGUUCUGGAUAAGACAAGACCUGCCAGACCCAAACCCAGUGGGAUGCCCAGCGGGAAUGGAGUGGAAACAGGGGUGAAGCAAGCACCCAGGCCGUCAGGGACUGGCAGGAAUGUGACACUAGAUUCCACCCACUCCACAAAAAAGCCAGCCCCAAUCCCAGGGACUCGCCGCCCACCCUUGCCACCUAGACCUAUGCCCCCACGAAGAAAACCUUUACCACCGAAUAAUGUCACUGGAAAGCCAGGAAGUGCAGGAAUCAUUUCAUCAGGACGAGAAACUUCUCCACCCCCCAGGGCAACACUCAGUCCUACUGGAGCCCCCUCGGAGGGAACAGAGAUAGAUAAAAAGCAGCCGACAGCUCCUGCUUCUGGAGAGGAACUUGGUAACACAACUGACUUUAGCUCAAUCCCUACAAGAGAAACGGAUCAUAGUGGGAAGCCCAGAUUCAAAGGUCCUCAUGUGCGAUACAUCCAGAAACCCGACAGCAGGCCCUGCUCCAUCACCGACUCCGUCAAACGGUUCCCCACGGAGGAAGCCACAGAGGGAAAUGCCACCAGCCCACCGCUGAACCCGCCCACCAACCUCACUGUGGUCACUGUGGAAGGCUGCCCCUCAUUUGUCAUCUUGGACUGGGAAAAGCCAUUAAAUGACACUGUCACUGAGUAUGAAGUAAUAUCCAGAGAAAAUGGAUCAUUCAGUGGGAAGAACAAGUCCAUUCAAGUUACAAAUCAGACUUUCUCCACAGUAGAAAAUCUGAAACCAGAUACAAGCUAUGAAUUCCAGGUGAAACCCAAAAACCCGCUUGGUGAAGGCCCUGCCAGCAACACAGUGGCAUUCAGUACUGAAUCAGCGGACCCAAGAGUAAGCGAGCCAGUUUCUGCAGGAAGAGAUGCAAUCUGGACUGAAAGGCCCUUUAAUUCAGACUCUUACUCAGAAUGUAAAGGCAAACAGUAUGUCAAAAGGACAUGGUAUAAAAAAUUUGUAGGAGUGCAGUUGUGCAACUCGCUCAGAUACAAGAUUUACCUGAGCGACUCCCUCACAGGAAAGUUUUAUAACAUUGGUGAUCAGAGGGGCCAUGGAGAAGACCACUGCCAGUUUGUGGAUUCAUUUUUAGAUGGCCGCACAGGCCAGCAACUCACUUCUGACCAGUUACCAACCAAAGAAGGUUAUUUUAGAGCAGUUCGCCAAGAACCUGUCCAAUUUGGAGAGAUAGGUGGUCACACUCAAAUCAACUACGUCCAGUGGUAUGAAUGUGGGACUACAAUUCCUGGGAAAUGGUAGAUGCUGCAAUGAUGAUCAAAAAUUCCUUCUGGUUCUUCAUGGCAAAAUACAAUCAUUGGAACACUACAGUUUUUGUGAUGUUCAUUCAAAGCUAUUUUGUUUACUAUGUAUAAAAGUCUACAAUCUAAUUGAUAGCAAUAUUAGAUGUUUAUUGUUAGAAAAGAUUGCUAAGAAUAUUUAUCAGGUUUUACAAAGUCAUUUUAAGAAAGCAAAAUAUUGAUGUUAACAGAAUAACAUUUUUUGGGGAAGCUGGCUCCCUGUUCAUGGUAUUUUAAGAGAUCAUUUGUAUAUUAUUUAUCACAUUGUUGUAAUAAUGUUUUGAAAUACUUUUAUAACAACAUCAAAAACGUAAAAAUCUUACUGAUGUGUACACUUCCUUUUUGUGAGUUAAUUCCAUAAAUCAUUUAACUUAUUGGAUCAAAUUAUCUUCAGCCUAUACAUAUAAAAGGGAAAAAAAGUCUUACUAUUCAUGUUUAUUUAAAUUUCAAACUUUUUAACAGCUAAACAGCUUUUCUGAAGGAGUUUAAAUAGUUACACAUGUAUUACUAAUAUAUACUUCUCUAAAAUAUCUGCGAAUUACUAAUUUUUUAAAAUCACAUUUCCUCUGAAAUUUGGAAUAGUUUCUAAAAAUACGCUGUGUUCUCUACCCGUAAAUAUGUAAUUAUGUCUGAAUAUACUUUGUUAAACUAUCCCUCUGCACAGCUAUUUGUAUGAUUCUAAUGAGGCUGAAUGUGAAGUCUGAGCAUACACACAAAAAAUGCAUGAUGAGAUCCUUACCAAGAUACUUACUCUGUAAGACUUCUACGAAUGAAUGUAUUGGGGGUGUUUUUGUAAUUGUUUAACUCAAGCUGUAAGGAAAAUCAGAGUCAUGUUCAUUAAAAAAUGGUAUUGCUUUCCUUCAGCUGGGGAGAGAAGAUAGGGAUGGUGCAUUGUUGCCCUCACUCUGAAAGAACUUCUCCCUUUGCUUAUACCUUCCAAUGUGCUGCAUUUUGUAUUUUUCAAAUAAGUAUAAACUCUGCAAUAAAAAGAUGUAGUUUUUUUUUUAAUUUCUGAAUGAUUCAUUAGUAUCUAAAGGAAAAUAAAGUUAUAUGAGAAGGUUAGUAGAUCCUGAAAAUUUAAUAGCCUAUUGUGUUCAAAAAGUUUGUUUUAAAAACUGAUCAUUGCAGUACCUUUCAGAGUCAGGACACUAAAUCGUACUCUCAGAAGGGAAAU